AUGGCAGUGACCCGACGUACGCGGAAAGAAGUCUUGAAGGAUGGACUGGGACGACUGCAAAAGCUACUGGCAGCACUGCCAGCACAGCAACGUCUGAAGAGCUUGCAGUAUUUAUCUGAAAGCCUGCGCAGCUCACUGUUGAGACACAUGGAGCUGCAACAGAUGCAGAGGUCAACCGAUGCAAGCAUGUCGGUGAGGUCCUCGCGUACGUCUGUACGGCCGGCCAAGCGAAAGGCGCCGUGCCAGAAAAAGUCGCCUAUGUCUUCGUCGAAAGGAAUUUCGAUGAUCAAGACCAAGGAUGGACAUCGACGCUAUGUCGCGCGCGCCAUCAUUUCUGGCAUUGCGAUCUCCUCACGCUGCGUGCGAUCGCUGGAGGAGGCCCAGGAUUUACGCGCGCACCUGGAGAACCAGGUGUCAAGGCACCGGGUGGACAGCACAGGUGAAUGGCUUGAAGUGGCAUUUGGGCCCUCGCAGGAGGGACACAGUUGGCACUUUCGCGCUACUGUGGACGCGCGACGAUUUCUUGGACGCACCUUGUCCUCGCGACAGGUGACGUGCAUCCGCCAG